GUCAGUCACCCCCAUCAGAAUUCCGUUGGCUAUUUAUUCCAUCGAACCACCCACCACACUCACUCACUACAGACAGACUUGUGUAACCCACCCAAAACACCAUCAAUCUUCAAUCUUCAAUCAAUGGCGAUACGAGCAGCACUCACCAGACGACCCAUAACCUCCUCGACCUUACAGGCGGCCUCGCGAUCCAUAUCAUCCUGGUGGAAAAACGUUGAGCCUGCACCCAAAGACCCCAUUCUCGGUGUCACUGAAGCUUUUUUAGCCGAUACUAGCCCCCAUAAAGUUAAUGUUGGCGUUGGAGCUUAUCGUGAUGAUAAUGGGAAGCCUGUUGUUUUGGAGUGUGUUAGAGAAGCAGAAAGACGAGUUGCCGGAAACCUGAAUAUGGAGUAUCUUCCAAUGGGAGGAUGCAACAACAUGGUUGAGGAAACACUGAAGUUGGCAUACGGUGAACAUUCCGACUUGAUUAAAGAUAAACGAAUCGCAGCAAUACAAGCUCUUUCCGGCACUGGCGCAUGCAGAAUUUUUGCAGAUUUUCAAAAACGGUUUUCCCCUGAUUCCCAGAUCUAUAUUCCAGUCCCUACCUGGUCCAACCACCAUAACAUAUGGAGAGAUGCUAAUGUACCACAAAGAACAUUCCAUUAUUAUCAUCCGGAAUCAAAAGGUCUUGAUUUCGCCUCACUGAUGGAUGACGUUAAGAAUGCACCAAAUGGGUCAUUCUUUUUGCUGCAUGCUUGUGCUCAUAAUCCCACCGGAGUCGAUCCUACAGUUGAACAAUGGAAAGAAAUAUCGUACCAGUUUAAGGUCAAAGGUCAUUUUGCUUUCUUUGACAUGGCUUAUCAAGGCUUUGCAAGUGGUGAUCCAGAAAGAGAUGCGAAAUCCAUUAGGAUUUUUCUUGAGGAUGGUCAUUUAAUCGGAUGCUCGCAAUCAUAUGCAAAAAAUAUGGGUCUUUAUGGCCAAAGAGUCGGCUGCCUCAGUUUGGUAUGUGAAGAUGAAAAACAAGCUGUGGCCGUGAAAAGUCAACUUCAGCAACUUGCAAGACCUAUGUACAGUAAUCCACCCGUUCAUGGUGCCCUUAUUGUUUCAACUAUCCUUAGUGAUCCAGAUUUAAAGCAAUUGUGGCUCAAGGAAGUUAAGGGUAUGGCUGACCGUAUAAUCGGAAUGAGAACUUCUCUUAGGGAAAACAUUGAGAAGCUGGGUUCUCCCCUAUCAUGGGAACACAUAACUAAUCAAAUCGGCAUGUUCUGCUAUAGCGGGAUGACUCCUGAACAAGUAGAUCGUUUGACAAAAGAAUUCCAUAUUUAUAUGACCCGCAAUGGCCGUAUCAGUAUGGCAGGUGUGACGAGCGGCAAUGUCGAAUACUUGGCAAAAGCUAUCCAUGAAGUCACAAAAGCUGCUUAAAGACGAUACAAUUUAUGAGGUUUUUUUGGUUAAAACUAAGUUUUCGGGUCUUUUGCCCUGAGAAUAGUUUAGAAAAAUAAAAAGGUUAAGGUACUUCACCUGGUUAUGAGUUUUAAUUGUUUGUAGCGGAUAGUGAUUGUUGUCUUGUUAUUAGGCCAUAUGUAAUGGGGCUUUAUAGGGGCGUGAAAGGUUUUGAUAGUGCCCUUACACCAUCCCCCAUGGGCAUUUCUAGAAUAAUGCCCAAUAAGGAGGAAAAACAAGGAAACUAAUAUAUGAAAGGGCAUUAAGAAGCCUUAACCAUUACUACA